AUGGGUGAGCUUGUAAAUGCUGCAAGAACAUUAGGUGAAACAGGAAAUUUUGUAGAUGGUUUUAAAAGACUUGUUUCAAAUGUUUUAACAAACACAAAGAAAUUAUUUAGAUAUACCAUACAUAACGGUCAGAUUUUCGAACAGGUAGCAACAAACCCUCCGGUUAUGGCUGCGUUGAUGAUGGUUAGAGAUAUAAAACCACGUAACGACGGGAACGAAGAACAUGAACAACAGGAUACUGGUCGGGUUAUUCGAGACAUUAAAAACGUGUAUCCUGAAGUUAUUGAUUUAUUUAGAGGAGUUAAUGAUUCAAUUUCAAAACAUUCUAUAACCCUCGAUGAAGAGAAUAAAUUAACAGAUUAUAUAUUCGUCAUUAUUGCAGAGUUAAUGAAGAGAAUAAAUGAAAAAGGAAUUGGUGAUAUCAUUAAUGUCAGCGAUGUAAUGAUGAAAAGAAAUUUUGACUCAUUAUUUACAAAACCGAAAACAGAAUAUAGUCUUUAUGACGUAAUUACCGAAUUAAUGAAAAAGAUUAAUGAUAAUAAGAGUUCUGGCGGAAGAGUUGAAUUAGAAGUGAAUGAUGUUAAUGAGAAAUUAGCCGAAAAAGCAAACAAAAAUGAGCUUUUAGCUCUGAGUGAUAAAGUCAAGAACCACGUUCAUUAUAUAACAUCAGACGAACAGAUUAUAACGAACUACCAUGGAUAUUUAACACGAAGUGAUGAAGUGAAGACGGAAGGUGUUAAUGAAAGAAGAUAUAAAUACAUUCGUGCUAAAGGUUAUGACAUAAGCUGUACUGUACAUUAUGACACAGGUAAAGCACAAGAAACAUUUAGUUAUAACGAUGAAAUUUAUGCCUCUACUUUCUCUGUUAAAGGUGUAUUAGUUGAACCAAGAUUUACUUUGAGAGUUAAGUCAAAAAUAACGUUUGAAGAUGCUAUUAAAAGUAAAGCUGACAAAGUUGAACUCGAAGCAAUGAACAAAGUUUUGAAAUCUCAUAAACACAACAUCUCCGAUAUAAAUGAACUUCAAGCUACAUUAGACAGUAAAGCUGACAAGAACCAUACACAUGAAUCCUUCACUACUGUUAGAGCAGACGACAUAAUAUUGAACUAUACCCUUGGUUCAAGUGCACCAUUAGAGAAUCCAAGUACAAGCGUAAAAGAUACACUAAACUCCUUAAAUAGUAAAUGUAUGAACAUUGAAGGUCAUGUCAGAAACUUUGAAACACAUGAACUACCAGCAAUGUUAG